UUCAUUCACAACUUGAUCAACUAUUUCAAAAAAAAAAAAAUUUCUCAAAUUUUCUAUUCAAUUAUCAAAUCAAAUUAAACCAGGAAAACAAAAAUGAAUUCUCUCAAAACGUUGUUCAUUCCGACUUUGUUCGUUUCAUUAUCUGUUAUAAUUGUUGACACAAUCAUUAUCGAUCACAAUCAUAUCAUUAAGAAUAAAAAUGGCCAUCAUCAACAACAACAACAACAACAACGACCAACAACAAUACCAUUAUCAUCAUUUGCUCGUCGUCAACAACGACAAAUUAUUCAAGAUUCAUUUGGUUCGAAUCCAUAUCUACCGAUGAAUGGAAAAGAAAUGAAUUUUUUAUUACUUCGUAAUGGUAUGACAAGAAUGAUAACACCAACAUCUUCUUAUCAUCAACAUUCGAAUAUGAAUUUACCAUCAUCGUCAUCAUCAUCAAUAGUACAACAACAACGACCAACAAUUUCAUCGCAACAAUUUCGAUCGGAUCAACACGUUGUCCAAUAUCAACAACAACCAUCACAAAUACCAUCAUUAUCAUCGAAACAAUCAUUAUCAUUAGCAUCAUCACCACCACAACAUGCUGUAUUUCAACCACCACCACCAAAUUUUAAACCAAAUAUUGCUAUUGAAAAUAAUCUUGAAUUUGAUCUACAAAGCGAUUCAUCAAGAGAUAAUAAUGAACAAUGGCCAUCAUCAUCAUUAUCCGCAUCGAACAAUGAUCAACCAAAAAUUACAUUUUUAGAUGUUAAAUGUGAUAGAAAUUCAAUGAAAGUAUCAAUACAUUUUGAUAAACCAUUUCAUGGUGUUAUAUUUAGUAAAGGACAUUAUACAUAUCGAAAUUGUAUAUAUCUAAUGCCAAAUAGUGGUGUAAAAAAAUUAUUUUUUGAUAUUUCCAUUAAUUCAUGUGGUACGACUGGUAAUGCACAAGGAACAUUUUAUAAUGAAGAUGUUGGCAUUGAUAAUGGAUUAUAUUUUGAAAAUACAAUCAUUAUACAAUAUGAUCCACAAGUACAAGAAGCAUGGGAUCAAGCAAGACGUUUACGUUGUACAUGGCAUGAUCAAUAUGAAAAAGCAGUUACAUUUCGACCAUUUCCAGUCGAUAUGUUGGAUGUUGUACGUGCUGAUUUUGCCGGUGAUAAUGUUGGUUGUUGGAUGCAAAUACAAGUCGGUAAAGGACCAUGGGCAAGUGAAGUAGCCGGAAUUGUCAAGAUUGGUCAAACAAUGACAAUGGUAUUGGCUAUCAAAGAUGAAGAAAGUAAAUUUGAUAUGUUGGUUCGAAAUUGUAUUGCACAUGAUGGUAAACGUUCACCAAUCGAAUUAGUCGAUGGAAAUGGUUGUAUAGUACGGCCAAAAUUGAUGACAAAAUUUACAAAAAUUAAAAAUUUUGGAUCCAGUGCUAGUGUUUUGGCUUAUACACAUUUUCAAGCAUUUAAAUUUCCUGAUUCAAUGGAAGUACAUUUUCAAUGUACAAUACAGAUUUGUCGUUUUCAAUGUCCUGAACAAUGUACAAAACAAUCAAAUACUGAAAUAAUUAAUCUUUAUAAUGAAGAUGGUGAUAAUAAACGUCGUAAACGUCGUGAUUUAAAUGAAAUGAUUAUUACUGGAACAUUAAAACAACAACAACAACCAACAACAGAUGUUGAUAAACAAACAAACGAAAAAGAAAUCGGCCUUAACAAAGCAAUACAAGUAGUAUCACCACGUGAUUUAUCAUUUCCAUUGGAAAUGAAUCCAGAAAAAAUGCCAUUAAUCGGCCAUAAUAUAACCACGGACGAUAAUGAUCCAUCAAUGAUCAUUGAUCAAUCAUCGAAUGUUGUAUGCAUAACAACAUUUAGUUUAAUUUUAGCAUUAAUUUUCCUGAUAAUUAUUUGUUUUGUAUGUGCAAUAAUAUUCAUGAUGAUAAUGAUACGAAAAAAACCAUCAUCAUCAUCAUCAUCAAAACAAUCAUUUGACCAUCAUUUUCAUCCAUCAUUUUUUCAAACUUAUUUCCAGCGAUAAUUCCCGAUUGAUUCGAUGAUGAUCCUUUCCCGAAUGCCAUUUAUUUAUUGUAUUUUAUAAACCAAAUAUUA